AUGUUACUACCGUCUCUAAUAAUACGUAUAUUAUUACUUUCGACAUAUUCUUCAAUAGUUUGGUCGCAAGAUGUUGCAGCAGAUAACAACAGCAAUAAUAAUAACAAUUCUACAAUGGAUGAUAAUUCUCAAUCCAAUCAAGGAGAAACCUCUCUCUUAUCAUCAUCUUCAUCAAUUACUGGAUCAAAUUUAAAUGGUCUAGAUGGAUCUCGUUCAACUCUUUCAACAAGUGAUUCUUUAUCUAGUCAAUCUGAAUCAAUAUCAUCAUCAUCAUCAUCAUCAUCCUCAUCAUCGUUGUCUUCAAUCACUUCUACAUUCAUUGUUUCAUCGAGUUCUAGUCGUAACCCCAAUUUUCCAUCGAUAAUAAGUAAUUCUUCAACUCGUUCAACUUCGUCUACCUCUUCUUUUUCUUCUUCCUCCUCAUUUUCUUCUUCUACAAGUAGCAGCAGUGUUACUUCAUCUUCAUCUUCUAGAUUAUCAUCUUCCAUUUCCUCAUCAGAUUCUACUUCUUCCUCUUCAUCAUCAUCUAUCACAGAACGUUCCUCUUCUACAAUAACAUCAGCUUCAUCUUCCGAUACAAACGAUUAUGGUAGCACAAUUACAAGUAUUAUUCAUGGUAAGACAAUUCUUUCAAAUCAUUAUACCACAGUUACUUAUUCCGCUACAGCAACAGCAGGUUCUAAGAAUAGUAAUAAUAAAGGAGGUCUUUCUAAAAAAAAUAAAAAUAUUGUCAUUGGUUGUGUAGUUGGUAUUGGUGUGCCUUUAAUCCUUGGUCUCUUAGUCAUAAUUUAUUUGUUUUGUAUUAGAUCAAAAAAGACAGAUUUUAUUGAUUCAAAUGGUAACGUUGUUACCGCAUAUCGUACAAAUAAAUUUACUAAGAUUUGGCAUAAUAUGAUAGGUAAAAAUCAAGAUGAUGAUGAGUAUGAAACUAAUGAACCAUUAGGUACAUUGGCUCAUGAUAAUGAUAUUGAUGACGAUGAUGAAGCUGUACGCGGAUUAUCACAUCAAUUACAUAAUAACGAUAUGGAUUUGAGUCAUAGUAGUAAUAGUUCUACUAAUAAUAGUGAAAAUUCAUUAGACUCAACAUCUCGUAAGAAUAAAAACCAAUUGAAUAAUGAUGGAUCAUUAUCAGGAUCCAAUAAUUUUAUUAGAUCCAAUGACUUAUUACUAAAUGAAGAUAGAUAUUAUGAUGAAGAUGGGAAUGAACUUAAUGCAAAAAUGUAUUGA